UGAUAUUAACCAAAUCAUGUGCCCAUGAAAUCUUUACCUUUGAAAAGUCAUUGCUGUCUGGUUAUAUUUGUGGUGCCAGAUCUGCACAGAGGUAUCUGUUGGAAAGAUUACCUUCAAAUUCAACAGCUGUGCUGUAAACCCCGCCUUUGUUUCAGACUUAAUAGAAAGUCUCUUGGCAUAUUGUGCCAAGGCCAUGGCAUCAAACAAUAAACCUAAUACUUUCUGACAUCGGAUCUACUUCUCCUGGGCCGAGAUGGCUAAAAUGCCUAUGCGCUCAGACGACUGCGGUCAUAUAGUAAGUGUAGCUGAAGCUUAAUCGUGUCCACAAUAGAUACCAACUCGAAUGCAUCGAUGCACAUAUGGAGGAAAUGCAUAGAAAAGGGAACAAUUUUGGUGGUCUUUAUAAACCAGAAUGUUAGACCAUCAGUCCAUUGUGAAAGGGAUAAAUGCUCUCCCCCCAGAAGAUCGACUGCUAAAGUUUUUGGUGGAUAGUUCAGCAGACAGCGAGGAGACCGUGCAGUGUGCUAACUGCGAUUUGGAGUACAAGAAACAGGAUGUGGAUGCAAUGUAUUAUUGCAACACUUGUUGCCAGCCGUUGUGUCGAGACUGCAGGGAAACCACCCAUAAGGCCAAGAUGUUCUCCCGCCAUGAGAUUGUCUCCUUGGCAAAGCGCACCAAAGAAGUUCACAAAAAAUGCGCCCUCCAUGAGGAACUCUUCAUCAUGUUUUCCACAGAGAAAAAAUCCAUGCUGUGUAUCAACUGCUUCAGAGACACGCAAGUGGAGAGCAGAGCACACUGCAUCGAUAUUGAGACGGCAUAUAUACAAGGCUGUGAAAAACUUGACCAAGCCGUGUUAGCUGUUAAGGAGCUUCAGACAUCAGCACGAGAGGCUAUCGUUCUCCUGAAAGCCAUGAUUGGAGAGGUCAGAGCCAAUGUGGAUGAAGAGGAGAGCGCUAUCUGCACUCUGUUCAAUAACAUGCAGGAAAAACUGGCAGAGAAAAAGAAAAUGUUACUCAAGGCUGCGAGAAGUCAGCAUGAGGAGAAAGAAAAAGCCUUUAAAGAGCAGUUAUCUCAUCUUGCCGCACUCCUCCCAACUCUUCAGGUUCAUUUGGUCACUUGUUCUGCCUUUCUAAGCUCAGCGAAUAAAUUUGAGUUUUUAGACAUGGGAUACCAACUAAUGGAAAGACUGAAGAAGAUUGUUAAACUACCACACAGACUGAGACCAGCACAGAGCAGUAAGAUAAACACAGAAUAUCGCUCUGAGUUUGCCCGUUGCCUUGAGCCUCUCUUGAUGUUAGGACAACGGCGCUCAGUAUCCGCUACAGGGAGUGUGUCAUUAGGUCUGACAAAUACCAGCGGACUCAUGCAGUCAUCUCUGUCAAUCCGGUGUCAUUCUCCAGCCAUGAGCGACAUGUCUCUGUCUUCAUCCGUGGUGCGCAAGCCGAGCUCACAUCGCUACAUCAGCACCAAGGUUCUACUUGCAGAGGGUGGAGAGACGCCCUUUAUGGAGCACUGCUGCAGCUAUGAGAACAGCUACAGGACUUUGCAGACAGAGAUUCAGAAACUCAAAGACCAUGUGCAGGAGAUUCACAGAGAUCUGACCAAGCAUCACUCCCUCAUAAAAACCGACACCAUGAGUGAGAUUCUGGAGAGAUCACUACAGCUGGACGGACAGAUCGCCACUGAAUACUCCUCAGUGGAAUUAGUAAGGGCCAUGUUUGAAGAGAUGUGGGAGGAGACGUUACAGAGGGUGGCAAAUGAACAGGAGAUUUAUGAAGCACAACUUCAUGACCUGCUCCAGUUAAAACAGGAGAACUUCUACCUGACCACCAUCGCCCGACAAAUAGGCCCCUACAUUCACUCCAUAGCAAAAGUGAAAGAGCGCCUGGAGCCCAGGCUGAAGGAGCCCAAGGAACUUAAAGACGAUCGCACGGAAAUCAUGCUGAAGCUUUAUGAAGACAGCACCUCCACCUCAGACACACAGCCCAGUAAUGAACUGUCCUGUAAUGUUGAAGACAACCGGACUCUUAACAGCCUAUCAGAAGAGACUCCUCCUAAGAACAAGGAUUACUAUAGGACGAACAAACAGAAGAACGCUGAAACAGCUAAUCGUAAAGAGAUACAGAUGUGAAACUAGUUUUAGUGUUGCUCUAACCAAUCGGAUGCUUUUCUAGUGCUCAGUAAGUGUGAAAUGUUAGCUUGUGUUAUACAUUUACAUUGCUUUCAUAUAGUAACAAGUUACACAGUCACGUCAAAUAAAAUUGAUUUAAAGCUUUCAUUAAA